AGUGGCCAGCUAGGCGAGCGGCCGGCGCGGGCCCCUGGCGGGCGGGCGGCGUACCCCAUGCCCGAGACCCGAACCUGAGCACCGAGGGUUCGAGUCCCGCCCCCGCCCGGGGCGGAGCCGGCGAGCGGCCUCGCGGCGUUGCAGCCGCCCUCUGAGCGCCUGCCUCCCUUGUGCCAGGCCCAGGACGGGGCGGCGGAGGCGGUCCUCGUGGGUGUCCCCAGUCCGGGCAGCGGACGGACCAGACGAUGAGUGAGAAGCUCGACAACGAAGGCCCUGGGCCCAUGGAGGGCUGCGGCCAAGACAGCAGCAGUGCCCAGGGUAGCCCUGCAGCCCUAGCCCCCCAGGAGGAAGACAAGGAGGAGGAAGGGGGGGCUGGGGCGGCUGCAGAGUCCGUGCCUCAGCCUGGGCUCUACAGCUACAUCAGGGACGACCUGUUUACCUCGGAGAUCUUCAAGUUGGAGCUGCAGAACGUGCCCCGCCAUGCCAGCUUCAGUGAUGUCCGCCGCUUCCUGGGCCGCUUUGGCCUGCAGCCUCAUAAGACCAAACUCUUUGGGCAACCUCCCUGCGCCUUUGUGACAUUCCGCAGUGCUGCUGAGCGGGACAAGGCUUUGCGUGUGCUGCACGGUGCCCUCUGGAAGGGCCGCCCACUCAGCGUGCGCCUGGCCAGGCCCAAGGCUGAUCCUAUGGCCAGGAAGAGGCGGCGUGAGGAUGAGGGUGAGCCGACAGCCACAUGCAUCGCAGAUGUAGUGACACCUCUUUGGACCGUGCCCUAUGCUGAGCAGCUGGAGCGGAAGCGGCUGGAGUGUGAGCAGGUGCUACAGAAGCUCGCCAAGGAAAUUGGGAGCACCAACCGCGCCCUGCUGCCCUGGCUACUCUCGCAGAGACACAAGCACAACAAGGCCUGCUGCCCGCUGGAGGGGGUUAGGCCAUCACCCCAGCAGACCGAAUAUCGUAAUAAGUGUGAGUUUCUGGUCGGCAUUGGGGUGGACGGGGAGGACAACACAGUCGGCUGUCGGCUUGGCAAGUACAAGGGCGGGACGUGUGCUGUGGCAGCCCCCUUUGACACCGUGCACAUCCCUGGGGCCACCAAGCAGGUGGUGAAGGCCUUCCAGGAGUUCAUCCGGUCCACUCCAUAUCCGGCGUACAACCCGGAGACGUACUCAGGCCACUGGAAGCAGCUGACUGUGCGCACCAGCCGCCGUGGCCAAGCCAUGGCCAUUGUCUACUUCCACCCCCAGAAACUGGGCCCUGAGGAACUGGCUGGGCUGAAGGCCUCCUUGGCGCAGCACUUCAUGGCGGGGCCAGGCAAGGCCACUGGGGUGACCUGCCUCUACUUUGUAGAGGAGGGACAGCGAAAGACUCCCAGCCAGGAGGGCCUGCCCCUGGAGCACGUGGCUGGAGACCGGUGCAUCCACGAGGACCUGCUGGGGUUGACUUUCCGGAUCUCUCCUCACGCCUUCUUCCAGGUAAACACUCUGGCGGCCGAAGUGCUCUACACAGUCAUCCAGGACUGGGCCCAGCUGGACACAGGGAGCACAGUGCUGGAUGUGUGCUGCGGCACUGGCACCAUCGGCCUGGCGCUGGCCCCGAGGGUGAAGAGAGUCGUGGGGAUUGAGCUGUGCCAGGAGGCCGUGGAAGAUGCCCGGGUGAACGCCCGAAACAAUGAGUUGAACAAUGUGGAGUUCCACUGUGGGAGAGCCGAGGACCUGGUGCCCGCUUUGGUGAGCAGACUAGCCUCCCAGCAGCUCGUUGCCAUCCUGGACCCACCCCGUGCUGGCCUGCAUUCCAAAGUGAUUCUGGCAGUCCGAAAAGCUGAGAACCUCAAGCGGCUCCUGUAUGUCUCUUGCAACCCCCGGGCAGCUAUGGGCAACUUUGUAGACCUCUGCAGGGCCCCAUCUAACCGGGUGAAGGGCAGCCCCUUCCGGCCUGUUAAGGCUGUGGCUGUGGACCUGUUCCCGCAAACCCCGCACUGUGAGAUGCUCCUCCUGUUUGAGAGGGUGGAGCACCCCAAUGGCGCAGGGGCCCUGGCACCCCAGGACCCUCCAGCCCAGCCCCCACCAGAGCCCCCAGAGGAUACCUUACAAGAAACCGGGGCUGCUGCCUCUUGUUAGGUCCCUGGAGGACUGGAAACUUGCCCUUUCAGAAUGGGGCCAUCUUCAUCACCCGGGCAGCAGCCAAGGGGUUCCCCAAGUCCUUGCCUUGCCUCGCCUUGCCUCAGGACGCUCAGGCAGCACCUAGAGGGCACAAGACUUGGCUGACCCACUCAAGGUCCAUCUGUCCCUGUGACCCUAGGCUCCUGUAGCGUGUCCCCUACCACUCCCCGCCACACCUCCAGUUCUUUUUGGGUUAGCUGGGAUAUAGUGCUAGAAUAAAUAGUUGCUGAACUACAGCUGUU